CAGAUAGACAUUACCUUAUUAUUACAUUUCAUAUUUCCACAUUUCCAUCACUAACCGUAUAAAACAUUGGCGGUAGAAGCUGAGCAAGCCUUUUCUUGUUGCUGCCCUCUCUUCUUCUUCACCUUCAUCAUCUUCAAGGGUUAAAGCAGCGAAACAUAAUAGCAAUCCCGCUUGUCCGAUUCUAUUCCGAUAUGGCCAGGAACGGUGUCGUUUCGUGGCGGAGGAGGUCGGACAAGCUCGAAGGCUUGGAUCUUUCCAGUUCCGAAGAAGCUCACGUCCUCGCUGUCGAUGACAGCCUCGUCGAUCGCAAGGUCAUUGAGCGCUUGCUCAGAAUCUCCUCUUGCAAAGUGACCGCUGUGGACAGUGGUAUGAGAGCUCUGCAAUUCCUAGGUUUAGACGAGGAGAAGAGCACCUCGGUCGGUUUUGAUGGCUUGAAGGUGGAUCUGAUUAUCACGGAUUACUGCAUGCCUGGUAUGACCGGAUAUGAACUGCUUAAGAAAAUCAAGGAAUCCACGACUUUUAAAGAGAUUCCGGUUGUGAUAAUGUCCUCUGAGAACGUUUUGGCGCGCAUAGACAGGUGUUUGGAAGAAGGGGCAGAAGAUUUCAUAGUGAAGCCAGUGAAGUUAUCGGACGUAAAAAGGCUUAAGGAUUACAUGACAAAAGACGUCGUUGCCGGAGGAGUAGAAGAGAGUGGGAUCAACAAGAGAAAGCUACGAGAACCGUCCGAUCAGCCACCGUCUCCGCCGUCAAUUUUACCGUCAUCUCCAACGUCAGCCCUAUCAUCACCUUCACCUUCACCGUCACCGUCACCAUCACCGCCGCUUUCAUCGUCGUCCUCGUUCUCAGCUCCAUCGUCGCCCACGUCGCUUGAUUCUCCAAUCACACGGCUCAAAAUGACCAACACUGAUUAGAUCACCCGACCCGACCCGACCCAUACCCUGUGAACUCACUUUUUUUCGGGUCAAAAACCGCAACUACCCGUUUUAACGGUUUUUGUUGAAUUUACCACUCUCCUUUUUUUUUUUUUUCCUUUUCCUUUCUGUACUUUUUUUCGUCUGUCUUGAUUUUGUUUGUUUGUUGAUAUGUGACUGUGAGUUACACUCAUUAAUACUACUGAUUACUAAUUA